CCCUUAAGUAGCUAACAUUUCUACAGUGUUGUCCUGACUUUCACCUGCACAAGCAAGAGGAAAGUUUGCUGCCUCACCUCAUAACAUGACUCCUCGAGAUCACAUGAGAAAGAUAUCUAUACUUGGGGAACAAGGCACCUUGGAAGAAAAGCAUUUAUACCGAUUAGCAAGCAGCAUGUCUGCAGGAGAACUGCGACAGCGACAAGAGAUGCUAAUAAGGAAUCAGAUGAUGGCAGCGAACCCUCAGCUAAUGGGAGCAGGCCCACAGAAAAUGCAGGCAAUUCCUUCACAGUUUGAACCUCGGUUUGUAGACAGGGACUUGUUGCCUUCUACCGAAAUGAUGGCAUCAGCUGACCCAAGACAGAUUCAUGUAGCUUCCCACCUUGGACCGUCCAUCCCUCAGCCUACAAACAUGCCAAACAUAUUGUCCAAUCGGGUUUACCCUGGUCCAGGAUACACUUUUCUCCCACCAGACUCCAUGGAAGCUGUGGCCAGGAGGCAGGAGCUGGUUCAAAAGCAAAAUAUUGCCAGAAUGGAAAUGGAAAUGAGUGCUAUUUUUCAACAAAAGGAAAUUGAGAAAGCUCAUCGUAAAGGGCUACUGGGCCUGGAAGCACCUUUCCUGUACCAUGGCAUGCCAGUUAGCUCAGCUGGUUUCCGUGGUAGGCACCGACUGCCUGACGGCCACCUUUCUAGUGACUUAUAUGUUCAUCGAACCAUGCUUGAUGACCUUCAUGGCAACUCUGUGCUUGUGGCGACCAGCCCAUACCCUCCUGUGAGCAGUCUACAAAGAGAGAGAGGCCGUCGGCCAGGAAGAAGAGCUGGGACUCACAAAACUGGAGAUUGCAACAGCAAUGGCGGCAAGAGCCAAAGUGAAGACAAGACUGCUGACUCUGCUUCUGUUGCAGCUGAUGAUGAGAAAGAAGGCAAGAGAGAAGCAGAAGCUGAGACACCAAGCAAACAGGAACAAAACAAAGCCCAUGCUGAGCCGUCUGCUACAGUUGCCAAAAGCUGUAAAGAGUUUGAACCUGGCCUGAGAAAAAGCUGUGCUACUCAUGAAAUCCCCACUGGAACAAACGUCUGCAGCAGUGCAAAUGAGAAGGACUCCAGUAACUCCUGUACAGCCUUUGAUGACAAGUACACGUAUCCAUCUGCACUGACAUUCUCGGCACUGCCAUAUGGAUUCCCUGCACCCAGUAACCCACUACUACCUCCAGGAGGACACAGCCUGAUUUUGAAUGGAGAAGAUAUUUCUUCCAUUGAAGACAUUCGCAAAUGGACGGUCAAUGACGUAUUCAAUUUUAUUAUUAGUCUCCCAGGUUGUUCAGACUGUGCUCAGUUAUUUAAAGACCAUGCUAUUGAUGGAGAAACCUUGCCACUGCUCACAGAGGAACAUCUUUUGGACACAAUGGGAUUAAAACUUGGCCCAGCACUAAAAAUUCGAUCUCAGGUGUCUCGACGUCUGGGAAAUGCAUUCUACAUGAUGAAUCUUCCUCUAUCAAUGCCCCUUCCUUCUACUACAGGCAAACCAUCAGAUCAGCCCUCUGACAUGACCUCCCCUGUGCACUGCAAUAGCAGUGGUGAUACUCUGGGUAGUCCCUGCUCACUGGACCCAGAAACUUCAAAAACCGUGGAGCAGCUUGUUUCAGAAGGCAGGGAAAAUCCAUGUGACACAGCUGGAGCCCAGGCUGACUUCCAGAUGCUCAGUUUUCAGAAGAGUUGA